CUGCCCCAAAAAAUCUAUGACUUGUGUGAUGCUUGGUUAGUUGUUUCACAUCAUUUCCCUUUUUUUUUUUUUUUUUUUGCCAUUAAAUUACUUAAGCAUCUAUAUUUACUAUCUAAAAAAUGUCACUUGGCCUUAUCUUAAAGGUUAAACAGUUGGGUAACCCCCCUUAAAAAAAAAAAAAAAUCAAGUCCCCAAAAACUGACCUCAGAAUGAAUCUCCAGCCUUUUGUAGUUUGGAUUCUAUUCUAGUUCUAAAGAUUGACAUAAGAAAAAAAGCAAAAAUAUUGAUUUAGGGUGGCUUUGAAAAUACCUGGAAACCCACAGAUCUCCCAGAGGGCUGACUGACUGCUACAGGUAUCCUUCCCUUCCUCCUGGCUCUGCAGAAUGUUCCAUCCUCCAGGAUUUUGGAAUCCAUCUCAAGUUUUUAAUGACAACUUAAGGGAAAAAAAAUCACAAAACACUGUUGGAUAUAAAAUGAUGGGAUACACAUUUCCUCCCUGAAGCAACCGGUCACUGUCAGAGUUAUCCCAUUACAGAGCCAUGCCAAUGUCUACCUUUCUUAUAUUUUAAUUACUGUUGGUUGGAGGCAACAAGUACAAAAAUGAAAUAGAAGAAAAAAAUCUCUAAUUCUACCCAAAAGAUUGAGUUUUGAAGAAAAGGAUGUUCUAAUCCUCCAGCCCUUGCCUGCAGAAAUUUUCCAUUAGGUACCAAAUUCGUGCCAACACUGUCUGUUGAGUGAUGGGUAUAAGUUGAUAAGCUACUAAGAAAAGCUUAUAAUAGCAUUUAGUGAAAUAUUUUCUAUACUGUUUAACUUAAAACCUUUCCACACUGGAGGCAUAACCUUUCAUCCUAUUUAACUCAUGAAAUGCAAAGAGGAGGCUUAUUCAGUGCAUGGAGAAUUUCGAACAGAGCACGAACACAGAACAAGAGAUUUUGUAAGGAAAAUUGGGAGGAGUGGCUGGAAAGAGCCUUCCCUAUCUUGGCUUAGCUGCUGGAAUAAAUUAAACACUUCUGAAGAUCUCACCCGACGCUUGACUGUGGAAAUGGGAACUGUCUUUGCCAGGUUCUUGCAGCCUGCUCUGAGGACCGAUGACUGCAGAGUUUCCUUCUCAAAAUUAUUCCAUGAUCUCGAGGAAAAAGACUGAAAGAAUCUCAUGUAACAAGCAUGAAUUUCCAAGCGUCUUCUAACAGGCAUCCUGAAUCCAUUUUCCACCCCGAAGGGAAAAGAGGACAAUCUGUGCAUUACACUCCUACGUGCAGCGCCUUGCUUUGGGAUUAUCCUCAUUGUUCGAAUUACAAAAAUCCCGUUAUAAAAAUGAGGCGAUAUCGAGUUGAUAUCAUUAAUCCUACACGGCGGAGCUCCGGAUCUUUGCCGUUCACCGUUCAGGUGGCGCCUUCCCUGCGCACACACACAAAGGUAGCGACAACAAAGCCUUGUGCGAGGCUCGGGCCGGCGUGCGGGGCGAGGCAGGCGCCGGGCUGCGGCUGCAAUCGGUGCGUUGCCCCUUUAAUUGUGUCCCCAGCCCUCGGGCGUCUCUGUCCAACGCCCACGUCAGCAAAUACCUUUUGUUUCUCUCCCGUUCGGGCUCGCAGGGCUCGGGGGCUGCGGGAGCAGCGGCGCGUCGCCUCCAGGCACGGCGAGCCCCGAGGCGGAGCCGGGGAUCCCGCAGCCACCGCCCGCUCCCCCCGGCUCGGCCCGCAGCUCCCGCCGCAAACCUUCCUCUUACUCCCUGUCUGGAAUGGAGAUUUCUUCCCACCAGUCUCACCUCCUGGAGCAGCUGAAUGAGCAGCGGAAGCAGGACUUGUUCUGUGACUGCAACAUCCUGGUGGAGGGCAAGGUCUUCAAAGCCCAUCGCAAUGUGCUGUUCGCCAGCAGUGGCUACUUCAAAAUGCUCCUUUCGCAGAGCUCGAAGGAGACGAGUCAGCCAACGAUAGCCACGUUCGAGGUCUUUUCUCCAGAGACGUUCAUGGUUAUCCUGGACUUUGUGUAUUCAGGGAAAUUGUCUUUAACGGGUCAGAAUGUGAUCGAAGUCAUGUCAGCCGCCAGCUAUUUACAGAUGACAGAAAUCCUCAAUGUCUGCAAGACCUUCAUUAAGUCCUCACUGGAUAUUAAUGAGAAGGAAAAGGAUCAUUACCUCAGCCUCUCGGCCAAAAGUGCGAGCACUGAACCCACCCCCGCCCGCCCGGCUCUUUAUCGCUCCAGAAGGAAAGCAAAGAGCAACCCCCGGCGUUCCUACUCCAUCCCGGAUGAAAAACCCAACGGGAAUGAAAACUGGAGCAGCUACAGCAGCUACCUAUCCUCACAGGUGAUCCUGCAGCGGGCAGAGACCCAGCUGUCCAAAAGGGGCAGGAAACAGAACUCCACGAGGAAGCGCCGCAAGCACCUGGGGCUGGGAGGGUGCAAAUCGGACAGGGCGGAGCGAGCCGGAGCCUCGGACCCCGCUCACAUCUCCCGCCAGGGAGAGGACGCAGAGUUCGAUGCCGAGAACGACGUGGAUCGGGAUGAUUUUGAAUAUCAUCCCGGAGCAGAUGGAGCCAAGAGGUGGUCGGUUACUCAGCUAGAACAAGAACUUUCCAGAACUCCUGAGUUCAUGGAGUUAAAGGCAGAAGAACUGUACACCUCAAUGCCCACAAUUUUAGGGGUAAUGAGUAGCUGGAAUGAAGGUGACCUGCCCAGGAUGAGGUUCAAGUGCCCGUUCUGCAGCCACACGGUGAAGCGGCGGGCGGACCUGAAGCGCCACCUGCGCUGCCACACGGGGGAGCGGCCGUACCCCUGCGAGGCGUGCGGGAAGAGAUUCACCCGCCUGGAGCACCUGCGCAACCACUUCCAGACGAUACACCAAGCUGGCAAACUGAUCUGCAGGAAGUGCAAGAGGCAGGUGACGGAGCUGACGGGCUGCGUGGUGCAGCAAGGGACGCGGCGCUACAGACUGUGCCACAAGUGCUUGGCAGGAGCCACCUUCGACAGCAUUGCUGAGGAUUUCAAUGCACCUGAACAUUCCCCUGUCUCCUCCAAGGGAAAUAAAAACCCCAAAUGGGCUUUGGAGGAGGAGCAGAAAUCAGAUGAAGAGACAGUAGAGGAGGAGCCUUAUAAUUUGGUGGUCAGACAUAAUAAUGAUGAUAUUCCGGAUGAGGUAAAGGAAAAGGUGAAGCCAAAUCUUAGGUAGAUCUUGGUGUAUUUGUUAUUGUUGUGUUCAAGAUUAAAUGACUCAUGUCCUACCAACUAAUACUGGUUUACUACUUUUAAUAAAAUGGAUUGCUAAAAUUCUGUUCUGAGAAGCAAAAAUUUGGACUAAAGUUGUUCAGCAGACAUGGGACAGUGUAGUUGCUUCUAAAUGUCAUACUGAGGAUCAUAAAAUAGCCUCAGUUGGAAGGGACCCACAAGGAACAUCAAAGUCCAGCUGCUCAUUUAUUAUCUGGAAACUAUUUAGGAGAAUUGUUUUAUAUUUCAACAAAGAUAAAAAAAAGCUCAGAGCUCCUGCUCCUCAUGAAAGUGUGAACCAGUUUACAGUUCUACAAAGGUUCUGCACGAUACAGGUUUUUAAAAACCAAAUAUUGCUAACAUGCUUUGGAAAAACUCUUACUGAGGUGAGCAGCUGAAAAAUGUUAAACCACUUUUUUUUUUUUCCUGAUACUGUAAUUAAUUUGUACAUAACACAUCAGAAACUUCCUAAGAAAGGAGAGAAGGAAACAAGUGGAGUUCUUCAUGCUGAAGAAUCUUUUUACCAGAGCUUUGUUUUCUCAGUGAACUUAGAGUUGAGAAAAGCAUGAUUUAGGAACUCCCCCAGCCAGAGUAGAAUAGGUGACCAGAGGUCUGUAGUGCACUUGGAUAGUAUGAAUUUGCCUUUUUUUUUUUUUGUACUGUGAAUUUUAUAGAAAGAUACACCCACGUGGUUCCAAGGAAAUAAAAGUGCAAUCACUGGAA